ACGUCGCUUCCUGCGCGCGGGGUUACGCUACCAGGAGCUAAUGAGAGGACUGUCAUCCGCGUACAACUAUUCAGGGCCCACACUGUGUACUAUUACUGCUACAAGUAGUACUACUGCACCGUCGCAGGUAUUUGAACGCGUUCGUCAGUGUAUUGUCGUGUCGUCGUCGGAAUGCGAUUGUUUUAGUCUCUUUCCUUACCGAAGCCCGAGCUCUUGUUGACGUCCAGGACGUAAGUUCGAGCGGGGCAGGCUUGUAUUCUCUCAACUUUUACCGCCUCCAUUAUGUGAGCUUUGCAUCGCCGGUCGACAUGAAGCUGCAGUGUGAUGUGGAGGUGGUCAACCGGAUGCUGCCCACCUUUGGCAUGAAAUGUCGCGGCAAGGGGGUGAGAGCGGUGCUGUCCAUCGGGAAACAUUUGGACAAGAUGAGUCAACGCAGUAAUGUCUAUUUGAUGAUAUGCACUGCUAAGGACAGAGCUGGCACCAAAUACAAGCUGAAAAAUAACAUUGAGAAGUUCUUUACGUGGUUUGUGGAGGAAGGCAAGGCUACCGUCAGGUUAAAGGAACCAGCCAUCGACAUCUGUCUGAGCAAGGCCGAAGCCAACAGCUUGAAGAACUUCCUCUCGGCAGCUCGCUUGGCCGACAGAGGAAGCGUGACAAGCAGCCUCCCGCUCUCGACCCUGACAUCCGUUCGCGCAAGAGAGGUGGAGCAGCCCAAAAAGAAGCUCACCAUCAUCUCGAAGAAGGACUACCCACUCACCUCCAGCUUUCCUUACUCUCUGGAGCAGCUGCAGGUCUCCUACUGCAAGCUGUCACGUGUCGACAUGCGCAUGCUUACUCUCAAAGCUCUUCGUAAACUGGACCUCAGUAACAAUCACAUCAAGAAGCUCCCCGCCACCAUCGGUGAUCUGGGCUGCUUGUCUGAGCUGGUACUCCACAACAACCACCUAGAAGCCUUCAGCGAGGCCCUUUGUCUCUCCACCCUGCAGCGGACCCUGCAGCUCUUGGACCUCAGCCAGAACCGGCUGCGGUUCCUCCCCACUCAGUUCUGCCAGCUGCGGGAACUGGUGAACCUCAAACUGGAUGACAAUAAGCUGGUUUGUUUGCCGUUCCACGUCGGCCGCCUCACUAAGUUGAGAUUCUUGUCCGUGGCACACAACCAGCUGGUCGUGCUGCCCGGUGACUUUCGCAAGCUGAGACUCGAGAACCUGGACUUGUUUGGGAACCCAUUCGUCCAGCCCAACCCACUGGACAACACAAUGCAGCUCACAUUCCCGGUUCCUCUUCAAGAGCUUGCUUCCAGGGCUGUAGCAGACCUUCGAAUUCCAUACGGACCUCACCUCAUUCCUGCACACCUAUGCCGAGACCUGGACGUUGCAAAGACCUGCGACUGCGGACGCUUCUGCGUCAGCUUCUACAUUAAGACAGCUGUGAGCAUGAACCUGCACCAAGUGUCUCACACCGUGGUUCUGGUGGACGACAUGGGCGGCACAGAUGCCCCAGUGACACAGCACUACUGCUCUCUUUCCUGCUACUCACAGUUUUUGGACAAAACCCUCCAGAGGGGAAUCAGAUGAGGGACAUUGAAACUGGUGCAGGUACUAAGGUGAUGCUCUUAAUGAGCUGGGGAAAAAAGGACUCCGCACUAUGGACAUUUGUUUUUUUUUAGGAGUUGCCUGUUUUACAACCUAAAAUAACACAAUACAUGGCAAAGAAACAAGUAUUCACCUGUUUCUAAAAUAUUUCUCCUGCAGUCCCCUACUGACCUACUUUAGGAAAAAUGCAAGUAGGCGAUGUCAUCACCUCGGUAGCUGCUGCUUUUAUUGCGCUAAUAACCUGCCAUUUUGUAUACAUGUUGAAGAUUUAAAUAAAAGUAUACUUUUUUUAGGAAGAUA